AUGGGCGUUGAAACUCAAAAAGGAAAUAUACAGGAAUGUAGUGAAGCGGACAAACGCAAAUUCGAAUUGAACUACACACUUCACAAAACCUCGAUUCUAAAUGGAUGUAGUAAUCCAAUGAUUUCAUGA